AUGAAGUACACCGUCGCGCUCAGCAUCUUCACCGGCCUCGUCGCCGCGCAGUCCGCCACCACAACCGCCGCUUCGUCCAGCUCAACAGACCUCGCAGGUCUCGUCGCCCAGCUUCCCUCAUGCGCAACCAGCUGUCUCACCAAAGCCGCCACGACCAUUGGAUGCUCCGCGACCGACUUUACAUGUCUCUGCAACAGCAAGGACACUCUUACGUCCAGCUUGACGACCUGCAUCCUCACUGCCGGAUGUUCCACCACUGAGAUUGCCACCGCCGCCAAGGUCGCCCCGCAAAUCUGCAGCUACGUCGAAGCCAACCCCGACUCCUCCGCCAUCGCCUCCGCCUCGAACCUCCUCAGCGGUGCUCUCGCGACUGCGACCGCAACCGCUAGCUCCGCGUCCCCGGCCAGCGCCACAACCGCCGCCGCCGUGCGUCCGGAGAUGGGCUUCGGCAUGAUCGGCGCCGCCAUGCUCGGUGCCGCGAUGCUUUAA